AUGAGACUACAGCAGGUGCUUGAUAGCAUGCGCAAUACCAACCACUCGAAAUGGCCAAAAGCAAAACUAGACGAUGGCUCCACGAAGGCCAAAGUAGCGGCGGACGGCCUCGAGCAGGACUUCAAACACCUUUUGGCCCAAGCAGAGGAGCUCCACAUACGCUGUAAUGACGCGAUCACCUUACUUCUGAGUAGCGUCUCUAUCUCAGAGUCGAAGAAGGCGAUCGAGCAGGCGAAACGCGUCGGGAAACUGACGUUUCUGGCUUUCAUCUUCGUUCCCCUCUCCUUUACAACCUCCUUCUUCGGUAUGAAUGUCAAGGAGUUCAGCAAAGCAACGAGCUUAUGGUGGUGGGCGGUGUUCACGGUCACAGUGUUUAUUCUGACUAUUACCCUCUUCUUCUUGAAUAUAGCUAGACCUUUUCAAGCUAUAUACAAGUAUUGCAAAAGGCGGCUUCUAUUGUAA